AUGUCGGCCCGCGUCUGGCGUGUUCCCGGAGUUUUGGCGGGUCCCAGUCUCCGAGGCCAGAGUGUGAUCCGUGUGGUGGGGGUCGAGGGAAGAGGUGCCAUCUUUGAGGAGAACGCAGCCAAGGACGACAGGGUGUUCCAGCUGGCUGUGUCCGACCUGAGCCUCAACGAUGACAUCCUGCAGAGCGAGAAGAUCACCUACUCCAUCAAGGUCAUCGAGGCCAACAACCCAUUCCAGGCUGUGCAGGAAGCCUGUGACCUCAUGACCCAGGGAAUCUUGGCCUUGGUCACAUCCACGGGCUGUGCGUCGGCCAAUGCCCUGCAGUCCCUCACGGACGCCAUGCAUAUCCCACACCUCUUUGUGCAGCGCAACCCUGGGGGCUCCCCGCGCACCGCCUGCCACCUGAACCCCAGCCCUGACGGCGAGGCCUACACACUGGCUUCGAGACCUCCCGUCCGCCUCAACGAUGUCAUGCUCAGGCUGGUGACAGAGCUGCGCUGGCAGAAGUUCGUGAUGUUCUACGACAGCGAGUAUGACAUCCGUGGACUCCAAAGCUUUCUGGACCAGGCUUCGCGGCUGGGCCUUGAUGUCUCUUUACAAAAGGUGGACAAGAACAUCAGCCACGUGUUCACUAGCCUCUUCACCACCAUGAAGACAGAGGAGCUGAACCGCUACCGGGACACACUGCGCCGUGCCAUCCUGCUGCUCAGCCCACAGGGGGCGCACUCCUUCAUCAAUGAGGCCGUGGAGACCAACCUGGCUUCCAAGGACAGCCACUGGGUCUUUGUGAAUGAGGAAAUCAGUGACCCUGAGAUCCUGGAUCUGGUCCACAGUGCCCUUGGCAGGAUGACCGUGGUCCGGCAGAUAUUCCCAUCUGCGAAGGACAACCAGAAGUGCAUGAGGAACAACCACCGCAUCUCCUCCCUGCUCUGUGACCCCCAGGAAGGCUACCUCCAGAUGCUGCAGAUCUCCAACCUCUACCUGUAUGACAGUGUUCUGAUGCUGGCCAACGCCUUCCACAGGAAGUUAGAGGACCGGAAGUGGCACAGCAUGGCGAGUCUUAACUGCAUACGGAAGUCCACCAAGCCAUGGAAUGGAGGGAGGUCCAUGCUGGACACGAUCAAAAAGGGCCACAUCACUGGCCUCACGGGGGUGAUGGAGUUUCGGGAGGACAGCUCGAAUCCCUAUGUCCAGUUUGAAAUCCUUGGCACGACCUACAGUGAGACCUUUGGUAAAGACAUGCGCAAGCUGGCGACGUGGGACUCGGAGAAGGGUCUGAAUGGCAGCUUGCAGGAGAGGCCCAUGGGCAGCCGCCUCCAAGGACUGACUCUCAAAGUGGUGACUGUCUUGGAAGAGCCUUUUGUGAUGGUGGCUGAGAACAUCCUUGGGCAGCCCAAGCGCUACAAAGGGUUCUCCAUAGAUGUCCUGGAUGCAUUGGCCAAGGCUCUGGGCUUCAAAUAUGAGAUUUACCAGGCCCCCGAUGGCAGGUACGGGCACCAGCUCCAUAACACCUCCUGGAACGGGAUGAUCGGGGAGCUCAUCAGCAAGAGGGCAGACGUGGCCAUCUCGGCCAUUACCAUCACCCCUGAGCGGGAGAGCGUUGUGGACUUCAGCAAGCGCUACAUGGACUAUUCGGUGGGGAUUCUAAUGAAAAAGCCCGAGGAGAAAAUCAGCAUCUUCUCUCUUUUUGCUCCGUUUGACUUUGCGGUGUGGGCCUGCAUUGCGGCUGCCAUCCCCGUGGUGGGUGUGCUGAUAUUCGUGUUGAACCGGAUACAGGCUAUGAAGGCUCAGAGCGCCACCCAGCCUCGACCCUCUGCAUCUGCCACGCUGCACAGCGCCAUCUGGAUUGUCUAUGGAGCUUUCGUCCAACAAGGUGGCGAAAGUUCUAUGAACUCCAUGGCCCUGCGCAUUGUGAUGGGCAGCUGGUGGCUCUUCACCCUCAUCGUGUGCUCUUCCUACACUGCCAAUCUCGCUGCCUUCCUCACAGUGUCUCGGAUGGACAACCCCAUAAGGACAUUCCAGGACCUGUCCAAACAAGUGGAGAUGUCUUAUGGUACUGUCCGGGAUUCUGCUGUCUAUGAGUACUUCCGUGCCAAGGGCACCAACCCCCUGGAACAGGACAGCACAUUUUCUGAGCUCUGGAGGACUAUCAGCAAGAACGGGGGUGCUGACAACUGUGUGUCCAGUCCUUCAGAAGGCAUCCGGAAGGCAAAGAAGGGGAACUAUGCCUUUCUGUGGGACGUGGCCGUGGUGGAAUACGCAGCCCUGACAGAUGACGACUGCUCAGUGACUGUCAUUGGUAACAGCAUCAGCAGCAAGGGCUAUGGGAUUGCCCUGCAGCACGGCAGCCCCUACAGGGACCUCUUCUCUCAGAGGAUCCUGGAGCUACAGGACACAGGAGACCUGGAUGUGCUCAAGCAGAAGUGGUGGCCGCACACGGGCCGCUGUGACCUCACCAGCCACUCCAGCGCCCAGGCCGAUGGCAAAUCCCUCAAGCUGCACAGCUUUGCUGGGGUCUUCUGCAUCCUGGCCAUUGGCCUCCUCCUCGCCUGCCUGGUGGCUGCCCUGGAGUUGUGGUGGAACAGCAACCGGUGCCACCAGGAGACCCCAAAAGAGGACAAAGAGGUGAAUUUGGAGCAGGUGCACCGGCGCAUGAACAGCCUCAUGGACGAAGACAUUGCUCACAAGCAGAUCUCCCCUGCGUCCAUCGAGCUCUCAGCCUUGGAGAUGGGAGGCCUGGCACCCAGCCAGGCCCUGGAGCCCACACGGGAGUACCAGAACACCCAGCUCUCAGUCAGCACCUUUCUGCCAGAGCAGAGCAGCCACGGCGCCAGCCGGACACUCUCAGCAGGGCCCAGCAGCAGCCUGCCACUGCCGCUGAGCAGCUCGGCCACCAUGCCCUCCAUCCAGUGCAAACACAGGUCGCCCAAUGGGGGGCUGUUCCGGCAGAGCCCGGUGAAGACCCCCAUCCCCAUGUCCUUCCAGCCCGUGCCUGGGGGCGUCCUUCCAGAGGCUCUGGACACCUCCCAUGGCACAUCCAUCUGACCGCACCGCCUGCCCGCCACCCGCCCGCCCACCCACCCGACCAGCAGAGCUUUUUAAUACGAGAAAACAACAACACAGACCACACAUACACACACACGCACACACACACAUAGAGACUCUUUCAUUUUUCUUGUACAUAUGUGUAAAUAAUGACAGAAUGGAGUGGGGUAAAAGUGUAUUUUGAAUAUUCCCAAUUUUCGAAGUCAGUAAAAAAAAAAACCACAAAAACUGUAUGAAUGACUUUGUAAAUUUUGUUCUAUAUGAAUAAAAAGGCAAACUUGUGAUCAUUCUGAAGUGCCAAAGGAGCCCCAUGUUCCUGGGCCUUUCUAAGGGUAGGAAGGGCCAUCAGAAAAGGAGCCCCUUCCUGCUGGGGAGAAGGAAGGCGAGGUGCCCCCAAUGCUGCUGGCUGCCAGGACUGCCAGCUUCCCCCUCCACCCUUUGCUCCUGGCCCCUCAUUUCUCCUGGAGUCUCCUUGGGUAGGUAGAGAGUCUGGACCCAGCCCUGGCUGGUCCAUGGGGUCACUGUGCUGGAAGGUGACCCACUCUUUCUGUUGGCCUGGCUCUGAAGAGCUGCCCUGGACAUAGAGCAGUCCCAGCCAGGCUAACUCAGGAUGGGGACUCCUGUGUAUGCCACAGUGUGCACCUGCCCCUGAGCCCCAGAGAAGCUACCCAUAUUGCGGUACCAAGCUCUGUGGGCUUUGAUGCCGAUGUGUUCCAGUAUCAUCCUUUUGGUCUUGUUUUUACUUUCUUUUCUUACUUAGAAGAGUCGGCCAUCAAUAGAUCAUGGGGAAGAAGGGCAGGCCUCAUCGUUGUGUCACAGAGGCUGGGCAGAGAUGGGACUGGCCUGGUAGAAGGUCCUCAGGGAUAGGCGGAUAUGAAGUGUGGCUGGUUGUGCUGAUCAGGUGAGGCAGUGGUGACAAGAAGCCAGGUGAAGAAAAGCUGCAUGCUUAGAUUUGGGCCCAUGGUCCAGGUGAGAGAAUAAGCUGUAGUUGGGGUGCAGGGAGUAGAAGCACUUUGAUUUCUGGUAAAGGAUCUUUAUGGAAGGAGUUGGGGCAGGUGCAGUCCCAGGGGAGGAGGUAGCUGGGGAACAGAAAAGAGUAUCCACGUAGGAAUUUCCUAACGGACUUGAUUCUUAGCAGUAAAGCCCAAGUAAAGCUAAGACGAAAACUUCCCAUCUCCUAGAGAAGCUGCGUGUAGCCUGAAGUCAAGGCAUACUGCUGAUUCUCAGGCCCUUCAGGAAGUCACCCAAAGACAGCCAGUCCCUGGCACUAGUCCCUACGUCUGACUUUACCACCGUUCCCAGACCAGGAGUCUUCAAGCAGCCAUCUGGACAUGGCAGAAUCCCUCCAGGCUGAAAGAAUCUUAGGUCCUUUGGAACCCUCAGGCCUACGCCUGAGCCAGAGAACUUGCUUGGAAACCCUGUUUCCUAAGAUUAGAACUACCUAAAAGCCUCACCUCCCUCUGCUUCCCUUUCUGGGGCAACUGAACUAUAGAACGAGCGAAAGAACCGUCAGGAGUGGAGUAAUUGGAGGAAUUUGGACUGUGACACUUCAGUACCUCUCCUGAAGAUAAAGGUGAAUCUGCUCUCCUAAUCUGUCAGGAUGGAGAACAGAGCCCACAACCAGAUCUGAGGAGCAGGGGGCUCCCACCCAUCCCCAGCAGUCAUCAGGGAGCUGAGCACCUGGGCCUGUGGUCACGGGGAAAUACAAAGUCCUAUCGAUCGACUCUUCUUCGGCCUUGUAGAGUUCUCCAGAGAUAUGUUUAUGAGGGUGAUAACUAGCCCGGUAUUGAUUUCUUUCCUAAAGUCCCUAGUGUCAUGAUGGAGCAGUAGGGAAUGGCCGCAUCACACAUCAAGCUAAAGCACCCUAGGAAAGACUGUAUUUAUAAUUAUGGUCCAGAGAUGGUCCACUGACAUCUCUCCAAUCAGAAUGUGUGGAGCUUGGAGCUGGGGUGCAUGGCAGAGGCUAGGUGGGCUGCUGCCAUCACCUCCAAGAACGAGCGGGCUUUGCUUUCAUCCAUCAGCACUUUGGAGAACCAGCCCUGGAAGGCCAAUACUUCAUAUAUGUGUCUCACUGCCUUAUCUCACACCUGAAUCUGUUUUUCCCCCAGAGAUGCCCUGUGUUCUGAGGUAUGGAUGUAUAGAUGUCUGCUUAGAUGGUUUUGCUUAGAAUGUGUGUGAGUGUGUGUGUGUGUGUGUGUGUGUGUGUGUGUGUGAGAGAGAGAGAGAGAGAGAGAGAGAGAGAUAGAGAGAGAGAGAGAGAGAGAGAGAGAGACAGAGCGUCUUCGAGGGGAAAGUAUACUGCUUCUAAAAUACCCUUAACAUCUCAUGGUGUUAUUCUUCACCAUAUUUAUGUUAUUUUUUAAAGUUCCUGCCCUUGGCAUGAGGGAAAAUGAUUGAUAUUCAAGCAAGUUCUCUAGGGGAAAACAACAACAAAACCAGAAUCUUCCCAACUUAGAUUUCUGUGUCAGCUCAUAGAAUGUACUUUUUUUCAUGCUUUGCUCUUUGGAUUUAUAACUCUGUUUAGACUUCCAUACAUUUUAGGUAUAUUUUGUGCCUUCAGACACUGCAAAUAAUAAUCAGCAUUUGGAUUAAAGUUGUUUAAUAAUAAAA